AUGACCCGCAGACUCCCUGCACAAGGUCCUCAGCACCACCAUGUCACUCCAGAGUCUUAUGGGAACCAUGAACCCUCUAACUCGAAACGCAACCAAUCAUCGGCCCCGCGUCCGGCCUGGCAGACACUUCUGGUGCGACAUCCUCGUUCGAAGCUGAAAACGCACCUGGUCCCGGCUGCCCACGGCUACGCCUUCGAGGUGAAAGCGUCGUCGCAUUUCCGCAUCGUCGAUCUCCACGGCCAGCAGGUGGUCGACUUCAUGGCGUGGACCCUCCCUUACUCGCCCGGUACGAACCCAGAGCAUUUUUCCACGAGUUACACGCGAUACGCACUGGGAGGUUCGGCGUGUCCCGAGGUAGGCGAGGCGCUGUAUACAAAUCGGGACCGGAAAAUGUUUUCUAUAGUUGCGGACGUUGUCAAGACCCACGACCUGCUCUUCAUGGCUUGCAAUCCGGGCUUCUAUGCACGCCACGGCCAACCUGUCCAUCGCUCCUGUGCCACCAAUGUUGCUGAAGCCAUGAAGCCCUGGGGCAUGAAGCACUGGAGUGAAGUAGUUGAUCCGUUCAAUGUCUUCCAGAACACUCCCUAUUACACCAUCAAGGCGCUGAACUGCUCCCGGCCGGGAGAUUUCCUAGAAAUGCGCGCGGAAGUGGAUGCUGUGUGCGCGGUGAGCAGUUGCCCGUUCGAAGAAGGUGGAUUUAACGGGGGGAAAGCCACAGACAUUGCCAUAGUGACAGAGGUCGAUGAUGAGGAUGAAGAUGAACGAUUGGAAGAUUGA